UCUCGCACCGGCCGCGGGUGAAGAAGCGACCUCCUAUCUCUCCAGAUAACCACCUCAGUAAGAAAGAUGUCCACCUGCCACUAUAACGAGUCCAUGGAGUUCUUUUACAGCCUGAGCCGGACUGCCGGCCAAGAGGACAGCUCGAAGACUGCCUAUUACAUUGCAUUGGUGAUUGGCGCCAUAUGCAUUCUGCUCAUCUUCCUGAGCAAUGCCUCCAUCAUCUUGGUGAUUGUGCUCAACAGACAGUUCCACUUCCCCUUCUACUACCUGCUGGCCAACCUGGCAGCGUCCGACGUCUUUGCCAGCCUGGCUUACAUCUUCCUCUUGCUCCACACGGGCAAGCUGGCCAGGAUGAUGUCGGUGCAGCUCUACUUCCUCCGCCAGGCGCUGCUGGACGUCAGUCUGAGCGCGUCCAUCUACAACCUGCUGGUCAUCGCUAUCGAGCGCUACUGCUCCGUCAUCAAGAUGCAGCUGCACAGCAACCUGUCCAAGCGCCGGGUCUUCUGCCUCAUCCUCGGCAUCUGGAUGGUGGCCAUCCUCAUGACCGCCAUCCCCAACAUGGGCUGGAACUGCAUCUGCAACAUUAGCACCUGCUCAACACUGGCACCCAUCUACAGCCGCAGCUUCCUGACCUUCUGGUCCUCCCUGAACCUCCUCACGCUCUGCAUCAUUGUGUUGAUGUACGUGCGACUCUACCUCUAUGUGAGGAAUAAAACAUCCAAGAUAUCAUCCCACACCACCGGUUCCAUCAAACGCAGGAAAUUGCCAAUGAAGUUGGUGAAGACCAUUGUAACUGUGCUCGUAUUUUUAGGUAUUUGCUGUUCUUCCUUCUCGUUGACCUCUUUGCCAAGCCUCCCGCCUGCCUCAGUGUCCUGGUACGUUCAUCAUUUGUUGGACUCCGGGGCUGGUCCUCAUUCUUCUGGACGGCUUCCACUGCACUCACUGCAGCCUGGAGAGCUUGAAGAAAUGGUUCCUGCUGCUGGCUUUGUUGAAUUCCCUCAUCAACCCCAUCAUUUACUCCUACAAGGACCAGGAGAUCUGGAAGAGCAUUAAAAGACUGUUGUGCCAAGGCUGUGUGCGGACUUCUAACGCAGCCCACGAUAAUUUAAACACGAGCUCACACAGGCAAAGCACCGUGUCUGAAAUUAGUGGGCCGGGUUUCAAGGCCUACGGACAUCAAGUCACCACUCGGGAGACUGGCAAUGCAUCCAGUCUACCUAGCCCAGGAAUUGCUAAACUGCCACUGAGCUAAUUUGAGGAAAGGACGUAUGAAAUUCUGUAAGCUUCUCACUGCCUUUUGGGUGAUGCAAUAAUUGGGGCUCCAUGGGUGUAUAUUGGUCUGAGCUCCUAACUGAAUCUCACUUGCUCUAAAUCAUCCACUGAGCAAGCAAAGAUUUCCCCUUAAAAAUAAAGACUUCUUGGUUUUAA